GCUAGCUAACUUUUACGCGGCCGCGCGUUUCGACCUCAUCGGUGCUGUAGAAGUGUGGUGGCAGCGACGGCAUAGCCAGUGUGCGAUUUUUCCAGCACCGCAGCCAUACGGCUGAAGAGAUCAACAACUCGGCCACCAUACUGGCAGCCAUGAGCGCCCAAGCAGAGAAUGAAGACGCCGACAUGCCCCCGCUGGCCGAUGCCCCACCCGUGCAGCCUGCGGAGGAGUCCAAGCAACCAGAGACAAACAAAGAGGAGGACGAGGGCUCGGACGAGGACGCGCCGCUCAUCGAGCCGCUCACGAUCCUGAAAUUGUUGCAUGGCUUCUGCGGCGACGGCACGACGCCACCCGAAGCCGACAAGCGCGAGAAGGCGGGCCAACUGCUGUGGGACCUAUCGGCGACGAAGGCGCACGCUUGCGUCAUUGGUCCCCACGCGUCGACGCUGUUGGAUACGGCGCGAGGCGCUCCAGACAGGGUCGCGGAAGUAGCUCUGGGCAUCUACACGAACGUCUGCGGCUGGCUCCCAGAACUAGCGAAGAGCGAGGACGCGCGGGAGCUCGUGGCCACGGCGUUGGUGGGCAGCGAGGACCCCGGCCUGCUGACGGAGUCGUUACGGCUCAUGCAGACGUGCUUUCUCGUGCUGCGGGAAGAACGGGAUCGGAGCAAAUUGCUCAAACCGUUCGCGGACGCCUGGGCGUCCCUGGCCAUCUCUCUGAAAACGAGAGUCCUUUUUUGCAUCGAGAACUCGCUCGACGCGAGGCUCGUGGCGCGGGCUUUGGAGCUCGCCUUCGCGGCGCGGUUCUUUCCGGACCACGACGGCGACUGCGACGUCUUCGACGCUUUGUGCGUCGAGGACGCGCUGCUCAAGGCCGUCUUGGACGCCUUACAAGACGUCGGCUCCGAGGACCUGCACGCGACGAAGCUCGACGAGCACGGCGACGGCCUCGACUCGGCGCUGCGCGUGUGGCGCGGCGUCCCUUUUCGUUGGUGGGAAGCGACGCGUUGCCGCGACGGCGUGGAGGGCACGCCAUCGCCGCGACGACGUCCACGGGAUGCGCCGUCGACGCGAGAAACGCGCAGGUCGUCGAGCUCUGCGCGCUGCGGCCGCGCGAGCUCAGCAAAGAGCAACUAAUAAAGCAGCGCGAGGCGCGGCCGGAGAUACGAGCACGGGCCGUCGAGCGCCUCCGCGACGCGCACGUGAGCGACCCGGACGCGAUUCCACGGGACGCGGCGACGGCGACGGUCGCGCUCGCGAACUUCGGCGCCGACACGAAAGAAUUACGGGACGCGCGGUCGCCCGCGCGCCUCGUGCAGGGUUUUUGUACGGCGCUCGAGGUCGCGCUGUCGACGGGCCCCGCGUCGAAAGGCAACGUGAACCCGGCGGCGGCGGCGGCGUGUUUUAUGCUGUGCCGCGUCUUCUCGCAGAAAGACCAAGGUUAUGACAUGGGCGAGGGCAUCAUCCUGGACGAGGCCCAGAUGAAGCGCCUCGAGCACGCGCUGGGCUGGGCCAGGGAUAUUGGGUUGGAGAUUCCCGAGUUGUUGCGGGGGGAGCUUGAUUCUUAAUUUUGUAUUGUAUCUAUCUUAAUUACACACGAGAGCUUGUUUGUGCGAGGAGCGGGAACGAAGGACGGACCA